CUGCUGACCCAGUGGCCUGAGCCAAUCACAAAGAGGAUUGGGCCCCUUGCUCCUCGAUUCCAUUCCCCCUCCCCAUCUCCAGGCUCCUAGAAAGAGGGACAGGGGAGGGGUGGGGAUUUCAGCUCUAAUCCUUGCUCUUUGCCCACCUCUACUUCAAAUAAGAAGCUGGAGCUGAAGUGCACGGCCAGGAAAAUCAAGCAGAUCUUCUAAGUUGUCUCAAGCUAGAGAGGGGAAAAAAAAAGAAUGGUGGAGGCUUUCUGUGCUACCUGGAAACUGACCGACAGUCAUAACUUUGAUGAAUACAUGAAGGCACUGGGAGUGGGUUUUGCCACAAGGCAGGUGGGAAAUGUGACUAAACCAACAGUGAUAAUCAGUCAAGAAGGGGACAAAGUGGUGAUCAGGACUCAGAGCACCUUCAAGAACACAGAAAUCAGCUUCCAUUUGGGAGAAGAAUUUGAUGAAACAACUCCAGAUGAUAGAAACUGCAAAUCUGUUGUGAGCCUGGAUGGUGACAAGCUAGUUCAUGUUCAGAAAUGGGAUGGCAAAGAGACAAACUUUGUAAGAGAAAUUAAGGAUGGUAAAAUGGUCAUGACUCUCACCUUUGGAGAUGUUGUGGCUGUUCGUCACUAUGAGAAGGCAUAAACAGCAUCAUGAUGGUCCCCUAUGCAGAUGAACAUUUAAGGAGAAGGUUUUUUUUUCCUUUCCUGUCACUCUGAUGAGUGCCACUAUACUACUGUUGUGAAUGCCACUGAUGUUGAGCUGGAAGGUGAUGAGCCUUUAAAAAAAGUAGCUUAAGUCAAUUAUCCCACUUAUAAAUUGAAUACCUACAAAAGCUUUGCAUGGUCUUGGAACUACAUUUUUUUACAAAAGAAAAAUAAAUAAUUUUUUAUGAUUUGUGGGGGAAAUUCAAGUCAAAUAAAGAUAAAAUGUUAGAACUAUA